UCUGUAUCAGAUAUUGCGUCUAAGCAGAUGAGAUAUUUAGAUGCAAAAAGCACACAAUACUGUUGACAAUUAGUGGUUAUAUAUAUUUGUAUUAAAAGUACGAAUAAAGAUACAUCACAACAUGCAUCAACAAACAACAUAACAGGCAUACAUUACAAUAAUCUGAAGCCCCAGAUGGGAGCUUCUCUUUGCGUGUUACUUCAUACUCAAGGUACGCUGGGGAGAAGUCCACUGAGUAGCUAAAGUCAGGAGCUUUUAUACACUUAGAUCGGAUCCUUGAGGGCAGUUGGCCCCAAUAAACGAAAAACCUUUGUUAACCAGAUGUUAAUCUAUUGAUUGAAGUUUCUUCAGAGGUGGUUGAGGCUGUUCUUUAUCACCCUUUGCUUCUCUACGCUCCCCAGGGGGUCAAGUAAAACAGGCCCAAACCAAACUACAGACAACAUGGAAACGGAAUGUGAAACCAGAUUACAUCACAUGAAACACUAAGAAUUACAUUUUAGAAGACCUUGCAGAAUAGCAAGAUUCCAAGAACGGGAUGUGAAACCAGAUUAUAUCACAUGAAACACUAAGAAUUACAUUUUAUAAGACCCUGAACAUAACAUGUCGAUUUUCCGGGGGGCUGUGUCGUGUGUGUCUGUCUGGGGCUGUGUCGUGUGUGUCUGUCUGGGGCUGUGUCGUGUGUGGCUGUAUACUGAUUUUCAGAUUUUCUAAGCAAGGUAGGUCUGUUGGUCAUGUGUUGAAAGGAGAAACGGGAGAUCGUCCGCCGUUCAACUCAAGGUGAGGUGCUGGUUAUAUUACUUGGUGCUGGUUGGGUUUUGACUGAAUUAGCAUUUUAGUUGUCUAUUCAUAGAUUUUUUGGGGAAAAUGGUUUCUGUACUGCCUGUCAUUCUAUGCAAAUAUUUGGCUUUAAAUUUGUCCUUGGAUGAAAGCUUUAUAAGUUGGCUGUGAUUAGGAAAUUUUAAAUGCUGAAAUGUCGUGUUACAUUUCCUUUUUACACGCACACAUCCGCCCAACAGUCUAAAUUCUACCUCUGUCCACCAUAUGCAAUGUGUUUUAAAUGCUGUGCUUUAGCCCAUAUAUUGAUUUCACAUGAACACCUUGUGCAUGUGUGUAUUUAUUGCACCUAUCUGUUCUGUUUAAUGUUCAUUUCAUAUGAAAACACAUGGUUAUAAUUACAUAAAUACAUCUCUGUACAGGGUGGGGUUUUCAACAUGCAGCCUUUCUUGAUGUAUAUUUGUAAAGGGAAAUCUUGUACCUAUUUUGAAACAUUCUAUUUUUCUUAUUGUGAAAUCAUUAGAUGCCUCGUGCCUCGCGCGCUUCGUCUGUAGCCAAGAUGAAGUGGAAGAGGAUUCUUCCCAUGGCAACGACUCUGGCCAGAGGCUUCGAUCCUGUGCAUGGCACUGGAGCACGUCACCGUGUCGAGCCGUGGCCUGUCUCUGCCCACACUGGGAAGACCAAUCGAUUGGAUCUCCCUCCUGAGUCUCCAGAUAAGCAGUUUGUGCUGUUUGUGGGCGACUCGCAUUUGCGUGCGUUGGCUGACGGUCACGUGAGGAUGCCAGAUGGUUGCCUUUCGUUUGGGUUCCUGUAUACGCCUGGGGCGUCUGCCGCUGAGCUCCGCACGGAGUUGCUGAACGCAGACAUCCGUAGAACCCCAGACGUCGUUUGCUUGCUUGCUCCAAGCAACAACCUCACGGCGACGCCCAGCAUCGAAGCGGCUGGAGUUGCCUUCAAUGGACUUCUGAGAGCUGCCUGCAGUCGAUGGCCUAAGGUGUUUGUGCUCGAUUUCCCUCCCCGGCUGGCGAGUAAAUUGGCAUCGCAACAAUUCCUUCGAGAGGAGUUUCGUCGCGUUGCAGCAAAGAACGGUGUAAAGUACUGCGUCACAGCUGACCGCUUCCCGCUGGAUUCACGUGCCUUGUGGAGUCGUGAUGGGAUCCAGCUGAGUGACGAUCUGGGGAUGCCGAUUCUCGCGAAGUUGUUGUGGCACUUCUCCUUUCGGCAGCUACAGUCACCUCUGCCUGUUACACCUCCGCCUGUGUCUCCUCCCAAGUCACCCCCGACUAUGAGACCCUUUGCUACCACCGUGGUUGUGAAGGGAGAAGUUUCCCGUCCACGUCCCCUUGACCCCUUCAAGGAAACUGUCGUCGGACGUCGCGGAAAGCGCAGCCAACCUGAGACCUGGGAUGCGCCUGAGGACUGGGAUCAGUCUUCCGUGCGGAUCCUUCCUCAUGAGGUUUGUACAUUGGUAUGAUAGCUGAAAGGAAAUUAAACUGUAAUGAUGCGUACAUUUUUUGUUUCAUUUAAAUGCUAUUCCUAUAAGACAAGGCAAAUGGUCAAUGGCUCAUUUUUUUUUUUUAUUUCUAGGUUUGUGUGCCUCCUGUGGUCCUGAGGGAGUGCUUU